GGAUGCUUCAUUUGGGAACUGCACAUACAACCUCACCAUCUUGGACUGCUUACAGGGAAUAAAUAAGGCCUUGCAGCAUGGAUUUUUUGACUUUAAGACAUUUGAUGUGGAUGAAUAUGAACACUAUGAGCGAGUGGAAAACGGUGACUUCAACUGGAUCGUUCCAGGGAAAUUUUUAGCGUUUAGCGGACCACACCCCAAAAGCAAACUUGAAAAUGGUUAUCCUCUCCAUGCACCUGAAGCCUACUUUCCCUAUUUCAAGAAACAUAACGUCACAUCAGUUAUAAGACUAAACAAAAAAAUUUAUGAGGCAAAACGCUUCACGGCUGCUGGGUUUGAGCACUACGACCUCUUCUUCGUGGAUGGGAGCACACCAAGCGACAGUAUAGUGCAGAGGUUCCUCCACAUCUGCGAGAACGCUGAUGGUGCCAUCGCUGUCCAUUGUAAAGCUGGCCUGGGGAGGACAGGAACACUGAUUGCCUGUUACAUCAUGAAGCACUACAAGUUCACACACGCUGAAGCUAUCGCGUGGGUACGAGUAUGUCGGCCAGGCUCUAUUAUAGGACCUCAGCAACACUUCCUGGAAGAGAUCUGCUUUCUGUCUGCUGACACGGUGUAUUACCGCCUGUUGCAAUAUAUUUCAG